AUGGCUGAGGACAGUAGCUCAGUCCAGCGGAAGCUCCAGCCAUGGCUGCAGGGUGUCAUUGCAGUUACGGUCUUCUUGGUUUUGACAGUGAUUGCCUUGGUCAUCAAUAAGAUAUGGUGCCAGGAUAAAGAUGAAUCUCUUGAAGACAGCAACAAAAACAUGAGAGGCAACAAGAAAGAUCUGAACAUUUCCAAAGGCACGGAAGGAAACUACUCUGCAACUGCAGCAGAUUUCAGGUGUGAAGAAGGCCACCAUGUCUAUGAAAAUACUGUCGUGCUUGAGUGUGGGAACACAACUGAAUGUCAUGUUGAAAACCAUGUUGAAGUUCUUACCACCUGCAUGUAG